AUGGAAUCCCAAGCCGGUGCCGCACUUGAGACGGAAGUAUCGAGCGCCGUUCCGCCCGCCGAAGCCAACCCGUUGGUGGCGGAAAUCGAAGAGCGUGUUAAGCAAAUUUCUUUCAAUCUGCCCCCAAAGUCACCGCCGGGCAAUCUCGGUGCAGGCAGGGUGCAGGCAUUGGGCAAAAUUCAGCGGCAGAUCAUCGAAAAGGAAGUUAAAUUUAAUCACAUGGCCCACGCGCUAGCAGCCGAGUUUCAGUCGGAGUUUGACGAGUGUUACGAGGCAUUGGCACGCAUUGUGCGCGGAUCCGAUGUGCCGCAGCGGUUGGAACCGGACGCAGCGGCGCUCGAAGCCGCGGAUCAACCGACGGGCAUCGUGGACUUCUGGCUGACGGUUCUCAAGGCCAGUAUCCUGAGCGGUCAGAUUGGGUCGGCGGAUGAGGCGGUAUUGAAAAAGCUGAAGGACAUACGCUGCGUGCUGAAGGCGCUGCCGAUGCCGGGCUUCGUGCUAGAGUUUCACUUCGAACCGAACGAUUACUUCACGAACGAGGUGCUGACUAAGGAGUACUUCCUGCGCUACGCUCCCAACACGCUGAAGCCGGCCAUGGUGGAUGGGUUCGAAAUUUUCGACUGCGUCGGGUGCAAAAUCGACUGGAAGCCGGGCCACAAUCUGAUCGAAGCGAGCGAAGCCGAGACGAACGCCGGAGCGUCGUCGUCGGUUAGGACUACGUUUUUCAGCUUUUUCGAGCCGGAAAAAUUCACAAACGACGAUCUCGAUGCGGAAAUCAAUGGGGCCAUGCUGGAGUGGGACUUCCAGCUCGGGUACUACAUCAGGGAGACGAUCGUUCCCCGGGCGGUGUCGCUGUUUCUUAAGGAAGUGUGCAGUGUGAAGGAAACGUGUCAAAACUGCGGCAAUGAGCGCUGCGUGUACACGGACUACGUCAAGUUCAUCCCGUACUGCUCGUCGACGGGCACCGGUGACGAGCUGGGCAACAGCACGUUGCUGGUCGAAGUUGGGUCGUUGGCCGACGAUAGCGUGCAUGAGAAAUAG